CCCGGCCGCCCUCCCAGUAGCCCGGCCGCCCUCCCAGUAGCCCCAGCGCUGCCCCUCUCCGCGCCGCCCCUGACCCUCGCCUCGUGUGUGCCGCCGGCAGCGUCGGGCUCGGAGCCGUGCCGCGACAUCCGCUGCGAGUUCUGCGGGGAGUUCUUCGAGAACCGCAAGGGCCUGUCCAGCCACGCGCGCUCCCACCUGCGCCAGAUGGGCGUCACCGAGUGGUACGUGAACGGCUCCCCCAUCGACACGCUGCGCGAGAUCCUCACCCGCCGCCGCUCCAAUCCCGCCGGGAAUCACCCCAAAUCCGUGGCCAAGAGCCUGCUGGGCAGCCUGGCCCCUCUGGAAGCGCCGCGGCCGCCGGCGGAGCUGCACAUCCCCGGCUUGGGCAAGAAGGUGCCGGCCCCCCUGAGCCCCCCGGGGCCGGCUCCCAGCACGGCCUCGCCGCCUCCCACGGCCAGGAAGAUGUUCCCGGGCCUCUCUCCUCCCUCCCUGCAGAAGAAACUGAAGCAGGACCAGCUCAGGGUGGAGAUCAAGCGGGAGUUGAUGGCCGGAGGAGGAGCGGGAGGAGCCGGGAUCCAUCCGGGGGAGCCGCCGGCGCCGCCGGACCCGGCCUGGGCCCCCCGCGAGGAGAUGGCACCGCUCAACCUCUCCUCCCGGGCCGACCCCGUGCGCGACAUCCGCUGCGAGUUCUGCGGGGAGUUCUUCGAGAACCGCAAGGGCCUGUCCAGCCACGCGCGCUCCCACCUGCGCCAGAUGGGCGUCACCGAGUGGUCGGUGAACGGCUCCCCCAUCGACACGCUGCGCGAGAUCCUCAGGAAGAAAUCCAAGCCCUGCCUCAUCAAGAAGGAGCCGCCGAUCCCGCCGGGCAUGGAGCCCCCCAAAGGGCUGCCAGAGGACGGGCUGGAUCCCAAAUCCCAGCCGGCUCCCGGCAAAGCGCUGCCGCCGGGGUUAUCCCUGGCCCCGCUGGCGGGCCGGCCGGGAAAGCCGGGAUCGGGGGCCGUGGGAGCUCCUCUGGCCCUGGCGCCGCUGGGAUCCAAAAAUCCCGGCGCCUUCCUGGCUCCCAAGCGGCCGCUGGCCGAGGAUCGCCUGGGAGCGCACGGCGAGGCCAAGCACAAAGCCUUCGAGCUGCCCUUCAAGGCCAAGGCGCUGCACGACAAGGCCUCGGCAGAGGCCUGCUGCGAGCUCUGCGGGCUGUACUUUGAGAACAGGAAGGCUCUGGCCAGCCACGCCCGGGCGCACCUGCGGCAGUUCGGCGUCACCGAGUGGUGCGUGAACGGCUCCCCCAUCGAGACGCUGCGCGAGUGGAUCCGGCACCGGCCCCACAAGGCCGGCGCCUACCGCAGCUACAUCCAGGGGGGCCGGCCCUUCUCCAAGAAAUUCCGGAACUCCGCGCACCCCCGGGAGCACCGCGGCGCCCUCGGGAUGCCGGCGGCGUUCCUGGGAAAAGGGGGAAUGGCGGCCGAGGCGGCGCUCGGGGACAACGGGAAGGGCCCGGACGGGGCCGAGCGGGCGCUGGGGACGCCCCUGGGAGUGGUGAAGGUGGAGGAGCAGAGGGCCAACAUCAGCAAGUUCGAGCGGCGCCAGGCGCGGCCCCUGGAGCCGCCGCUGUCCCGGGACGAGGAGCCGGGAGCGGAAUUCCCGCAGAAGCUGCAGGAGCCGCGGCCGCCGCCGCCCCGGAUGCGCCCGGUGCCGGCGCUGGUGCCGCGCCCGCCCCAAACCUCGCUGGUCAAGUUCGUGGGGAACAUCUACACCCUCAAGUGCAGGUUCUGUGAGGUGGAAUUCCAGGGCCCUCUCUCCAUCCAGGAGGAGUGGGUGCGGCACCUCCAGCGCCACAUCCUGGAGAUGAAUUUUUCCAAGGCGGAUCCGUGCCGGAGCGAGGCCCCCCCGGAGCCGCCGGCCCUGGCUGAGGCUCCCUGAGAUUUUUUCCCAAUUCCUGGGGAAAAAAAAACCACAGGGGAAAAACAAAAAACAAAACAAACCCACAAAAAACCAACCAAACCGACACCAAACCCCAACGCAACGCCCCCAAAUCCCGGCGGGAUCUCCUCGGCUCCGGAGCCGCCGCCGCCGCCGCCCGGGGAGGAUCGUCCGGGACCUGUUGGGAAUCGGGAAUUCUUCGGGAAUUGUCCCCAGGGGCGCGGGGACGGCCGCCCACGAGCACUACACGGAGCCGAGCCCGCGGCUCCCGCCGGCACCGGCGCGCCGGAAUUCCGCCCUUCUUCGCUUCCCGAAAAACCGACCAAGCAAGGAAAAUUCCCUCCUUUGUUUUAAUCCCAAAGAACCGACGGCGUCGCCUCUUCCCGGGGGGGGCGAUUCGGGGCUGGGCGAUUCCCGGCGUUGGGAAAUUCGGGACUUCCCCACUCCUCCGGAGUUGCUGGAUAUUCCCGGUUCUUUCCCGGGGUUUUUUUUUAUUUCUCGGUGGCCCCGUAGAUGUCGGAAUUCCCUCACUUCCGGGGUUGCAUGUUCCCAAAAUUCCUGCUUUUCCCGCCCCACCAACGCCGCUUCCCUCCCGGUUUUCCCCCACUGAAUCCCACGGGAGCCGGAGCCGGGGGAAUCCCGGGAGAAUUCCCAAAAUUCCCGCCCCGAACUGGGAGGAUUCGGCUCCGAUUUUUUCCCCAAUUCCCAUUUCCCCCUCCCCCGCCGUUGUUCUUUGUUUUAUUCCCGGUUUUUCCCCCCAAUCCCGACUUUUUUAAACUCUAGAUUUGUGUAGAAAACAAAGGAAAGAUCCAUUUUUAUUUGGGAAUCCCGAGACUCCCGGAUUUCGGGAGGAAUUUUAACGGAUAAAUAUUUUGGCGGUUUCCUGAUUUUUUUUUUUUUCAGUUUUUUUUCCCAAGUUUUUUUUUUUUAAUUUUUUUUUUUUUUUUUUUUUUUUUUUUUUUUUAAAUUUCCGCGUUUUUCGGGACGUUCCCGGGAUUCCUGUGCCCGGGAGUGGGGGACGACGGAUUAAAUUCUUCUGGAAAUGAAUUCCCGGGGAAAAACAA